UCCGUUGCGUUCCGCUCUCGCGAGAGAUAAAUUUUUUCUCGAAAUGUCGUCCUUUCGCUUCUUCGGAAGAGACGAUCACGCGCGUUUCCACGGAAACGUUUCACGUUUCGGAUGUUGUUGUUGACGUAACGAACACGUGUGCGCGGAGUCGUCGGACUCGCAUCCGGACUCCGCGUUUACAUCGCAGUUUAUACACGUAGUUUUAUCUGCGCGUGUGCGAUUGUCUCGCAUCCGUGUGUGGUUUUGAUUGCCGGGUCACGUACGCCACGUCCACGUGUAGCAUCCGGACGUUUUGAUUCCGUAAUCGUUCAACAGCACGGAUCACGUUUCUAAGCGCGUGAUUGACCGAAGGUUUGAAAUUUUUAUUUCACGAUUACUCGUUAAGUUUUGACUGUGACAAAGUCAUUUUGGUCCUCCGAAGAAGGUAAGUACAAAAUUUAAAAUUAAACUCCGCGCGAGAUUCUCUUCUUUCGUCAUCGUGCUUUUUGCUUCGUACGGUUAAUUGAUUUUGUUUUAGAACUUAAUUAGACGAGAAGAGACGGAAGAAGCGUCUAUAACGGCUUCUGUCUCCCCGAGCGACGAAAAGAGACGACAAUCUAUUUAUAAAUUGUCUUCUCUCUUUCUUCACGUUUCCCGUCCGCUCUCCUCUCCUCACGAAGGAUUUCGUGAUGUUAAUUUUAGUUUCGACGGAGACGAUGCUGCGGCUGGUAGCGACGUGAGUGCCGUCCGAUAUCGAGAUAAGUUUCGCUCGUGCGUCGCCACGCUGAUAUCGGAAUUUUGUGAAUGUACGCAUCUCGCAAUCCAGACACAAUCGAAUUUUCAUUUUCGAGCGAGUCUCUCGAAGUGCACGAAAAAAAAAAAUAAAUAAAAAAAAUAAAACAAGUGACGAGAAAUGUGACUUUGAUCGAGGAAGAAAAAAACUUGCGGCUUUUGACAAAACUGUUGUCAAUUGAACUUGAUCCGAGAAAUUUGCAAUGUGUGCGUCUUGCCUGGACACGAGGCUCGACGAGUAAAGCAGCCCGACGCGGUAAUUUGAAGAAGAAGAAGAAGAAGAACAGAAGCGCCGCGAAACUUUGUCAUGGAAAACGCGUGGAACGACGGCUUCGAUGGGGAACAGAAGGAUCUCGCUCCUAUAAUGGAAGAAGAAGAUGGGGGAAGAGCGAAAGGUUCGCAAUCAGACUCGUCGGACGCGGCGUCGACCAUAAAGCGCUGGAACAGUCGGUGGACGCCCUCCGAGGGUUACGACUCGUCCGGCAGCACGUCAUCGAACGACUACGUGGAGGAUUAUCCGCGGGACAGCGGCAUGACAUCCGAGCCGACGAUCGCGUGCCAGGCGACCUAUCGGUCGCAGGAGUGUUUGUGUCAGACCUGCUUGCUCGGCUAUGCCAAGAUGAUAGCGCUUCAGGGGAGUAUGCCCAAUAUCUGCGCGGUGUCCGGCGGCAUGUCCAACGUUUGUCCGGCAACGCCUACUCAUCUGAGAAGUUUCCCGUCUCUCUGCGCGACAUCGUGCUCAAGCGUCACCGGCGAGCUCGCGCACCACGUCGUUAAGGAGCACGCGAGGAACGUGGGUUAUUACCCGCACAUCUGUCACUCGCAACCGAGUCCGAUGUUGGCGAAGGAGCGGGGUAUGGACAGCAGAACGAACAGCACGACGUCCCUGCCGGUGAACUUGCCGGGAAGAUCCGGCAAUUCGCUGGACAGAAGACGACGACGAUUCCGCAACCGCGUGGACCGCGAUCAGAAGACCAUGUCUCACAACGACCUGUUUCAUCACGAGAAAGAUCGGCUUCAUCACUACUGCUCGCUGCAGCAUUUCCACUGCGGACACAAUGCGUGCAUGAAUAGUUAUCAUAGUAAAACCGAGGAGCGACUGAGAAAGUUGGAAAGCGAACGCGGAGCGCUGCACAUGGAAAUGUCGGUUUUGUCCGAGCAAGUUGACGCGCAGUCGAAUAAGAUUCAAGAACUGGAAAACAUGCUCCAAGAGAAAAAGGACACUUUGAGACAGAUGGAAGAGGCGUUGCAAAAGGAAGUUCUGUCGAGAAGCGCUCUGGAGACGCAGAAGUUGGAGCUUCUCACGUCCUUGUCGGAAAUGAAACUCAGACAAGCUAGUUUGGAACACGAGAAUCUGGCGCUGCGCAGCGCGAGUCUCUUAUCGAAUAGCGAAAGAUUCAGCAGACACACCGGUCAAUAUAGUAGUCUUCCUAGGCCACCGACGUCGAAGAAGGGCGUUGUGUUUGGUAAGGUUCCAAAUUUAGUUUUGGGAGCGCAUACAACGGUACCCUUGGCUGUUAAGGGAGUCACUGCGAGAUGUCUGUCCGCUCCUAUUCUAGCGGAGGAAGAAAAGACUAUUAUCGGCGAAGCGAGCGGGCAGGUGGAAUUGCCGCCAUCGAAACCGCUCGCGGAGCUCACCAUGGAGGAGAUCGGCGACUGGCUGGCGCGUCUCGGUUUAGAGUGUUACGCGGCCGAGUUGCGCCGUUGGGGUGCCACCGGAUCGAAGCUGCUCGACGCCACGCAGGUGCAGCUGGACAAAGACCUGGACAUAAAGAACAGUCUGCACAGAAAGAAGUUACUCUAUGCCAUUGAAUGCGAACGGAGCAACGGCGCUGGAUUCCUCGGUUCUCACAAGAUGGACAACGCUGCUGUAUUACGGUGGCUGGACGAUAUCGGACUGCCGCAACACAAAGAAGCCUUCCACAACGCGAAAAUCGACGGCAGAGUGUUGCACAGAUUAACCACGGAAGAUCUUCUGAAUCUCGGCGUGACCGCGCAGUUGCACGCGGCCAGUUUAAGACGCGGUAUUCAGGUGUUGCGAGACUUGAAUUUCGAGUUCGACAAUCUGGAAAGGAGAUCUGUGAGCGGCAACGGCGCUGACGGCACCAACGUGACUCUCUGGACGAAUCACCGAGUGAUGGAGUGGCUGCGCGUCGUGGAUCUCGCCGAGUACGCGCCGAACAUGCGCGGUUCCGGCGUUCACGGAGGUUUGAUGAUACACGAGGAUCGUUUCACAUCCGAACUGCUUGCCACGUUGCUCAGCAUUCCGCCGGCAAAGACUCUAUUACGCAGACAUCUGACGACGCACUUCAAUCAGAUUCUAGGCAGGGAGGUGGUCCAGCACAAGAGGGAAAUCGAGAACACGCUGGGAUUUGUUCCGUUAACGCUCACCGCUAGAUUAAAGGUACCAAAGAAAUCUCAGUUCACGUUGAAGCGGAAGAAGAGUAAAAACGAAGUAGAUUUCGGCAAUUUGGUUUGCCCGUUGGAGGCGUCACCACCAGGUACCCCAUCAACGCCCUCAUCAACACCGAGCAGCCCUAACUUGAACUCACCCACAUUCUAACCACAAUUAUAAAGCUUCAUUCGAAUAAUCAUCUAAACUAACUUAUUUGGAGGAUACUGGACAAAGAAAAGUCAUAGGUUGCAUAUAAAUCAGACGAGAAAUUUGCGACGAAAAACAAAAACCCAAUGAAAGAAUUCUAUCAUCAGGAUGUCGAGUUGUCUGGGACCAGUUAUCCGUAAAUUGCAUAGUUAUGUAAAACAACACUUCGAUCAGAAGUUAAAUAAAUGAGAUCCCAAUUCUACUUAGCGCGAACUCGUGACAUGGUAUUUCGCGUAUUUUACAGGAAUUGUGAGAAUCUUCAAUUCCGCGUAACGUCUCUGAUUGAUCGAAGCGCGUUUUCGACCCGAUCAAUUACAAGUCAAUUGAAUCAUUUGAAGGCAAAUGGAAAAGUGUAAACAUUUAUUUCAUCUAAGUAAAACUAAUGCAAACGAUUUAUAAAUAUUUUUUAUAAAUCGCUUCAACUUUUAAAUAAAAUAAAAACGUUUAUAUUCUUCGAUUGGCUUUUAAUCGUCGGUCAAACGAAAUCCGCGAAACAUUGAGAAUUUGCACAUGCCACGAGCAAUCCGCACAUCCCAACACCGCCAAAGCUCGUAUAAUAAACUAUUAUAAAAGUCUACAAUCAUUCGCCUUAGAGAAUAAAUAUUUUUACUACGAUUCAUGUUAAGUAAAUUGUAGAUACUUCAUGAACUGAAAAUAAAGCGCAAAAUUUAUAUCUA